CGCCCGUCCACGCGCCCGCUGCAGUCGCAGGUGCGGUUGCAGCCGAGCCCGCGCCCGCGUCCCCGACGCCGUCUCCCGCGAGCUCUGCUGAAUCCGGCGCCGCGACCUCAGACGUCAACGUCUCGACGCCCUGCCCGCCGCCCUGCCCGCCGUCCUGCCUGCCGUCCUGCCUGCCGCCCUGCCUGCCGCCCUGCCCGCCGCGAUGCUGCACCGCAAGAUCUGGGUCAAGCGGCCCAACGCCUCGGCCACGCUCGUGCAAAUCGGCGAGGACGACCUGGUCGACGACGUGCGCGACAUGAUCCUGCGCAAGUACGCCAACAGCCUCGGCCGCAGCUUCGACGCCCCCGACGUGACGCUGCGCAUCGUCCCGCGCGACGGCGCCCACGCCCGCGACCGCGACCGCACCCUGGGCCCCGAGGAGCACAUGUGCCGCACCCUCGACGCCUACUUCCCCGGCGGCCAGACGGUCCACGAGGCGCUCGUCAUCGACGUGCCCGUCCGCCGCACCCCCAAGCCCUCGCCGCGCGUGCCCCUCUACUACGCCCACCACGACGACGCGCAGCACACGCAGACGGAGUACUUUCCGCCCAUGCCCGCCGCCCAGCCGUCGCCCGCGGCCCUGCAGCACGGCCCGCCGCACGGGCCCCACUCCAUCGCCAUCAUCAGCAACGGCGGCCAGCUGCCGCCGCUGCCCUCGCCCGGCGGCGCUGCUGCGCGCCGCAUCCACCACAGCGCCCGCCCCCGCAUCGGCCGCACCCACACGGCGUCGCCCACCACCAUGGCCGGCGGCAUCGCCUCGUCCGCCAGCGUCCGUCCCAACCGCCCGCGCCACGACUCGUCUGCCUCGGCCGACAAGCACUCGCAGGCCUCAAACGCCCCCAUCCCCACGCCGCCCGUGCCAAUCGAGCCGGCCGCGCGCACCCAGCACGACACGCCGCCGACGGUCCGCGUUGCGUCGCCCCGCCCAGAGAAGAAGAAGAGACGGAAGCCCGCGCCGGCCGAGCCGCCGGGUCUGCCUGCAGGGCUGCUGGACGGCUCCGUGCCGCCAAUCAACGUCUUGAUUGUGGAAGACAACAUCAUCAACCUGCGCGUCCUGGGCGCCUUCAUGCAGCGGCUGAAGGUGCGGUGGCAGCGAGCCAUGAACGGAAAGGAGGCCGUCACCAAGUGGAAGGCCGGCGGCUUCCAUCUCGUCCUCAUGGACAUCCAGCUGCCCGUCAUGAACGGUCUGGAGGCGACAAAGGAGAUUAGGAGACUGGAGCGUGUCAACAGCAUCGGCGUCUUCAGCAGCGGCGGCUGCGAGGCGCCCAACACGAGACUGGGCCUGCAGAACGGCUCAGACGCUGAUCUGGUCGAGGACGACAAGCUGGGCGACAGGAGUCUGUUCAAGAGUCCUGUCAUCAUCGUGGCCCUCACAGCCAGUUCGCUGCAGAGCGACAGACACGAGGCCUUGGCCGCUGGCUGCAACGACUUUUUGACAAAGCCCGUCAACUUUGUCUGGCUCGAGCGCAAAGUCAAGGAGUGGGGCUGCAUGCAGGCCCUGAUCGACUUUGACGGGUGGCGCAAGUGGAAGGACUUUGCAAAGGACUCGGACAGCGCAAAGGACAAGGGCAGCAACAAGAUGUCCACGAGCAUGGCCAGCAUCGCCCCGGCCCGGAAGCCCGCCGCGCCGCAGCUGGCAGCCAGCACGCCAGAGACGAACGGCUCGUCACCACCACAGGAGAAUGCCGACCGGAAGGCGAAGAGGAAGAGUCUCGUCCAGGCCCCGCCAGCAGUGCCAGAGGAUGAGAGCGAGACACCGACCCCCGACGCCGAGAGUGUGUAAUGGACACGGCUGCCUUUCGACGCCGAGGGUGCGUAAUGGACAUUGCUGCCUUUCGACGCCGAGGGUGGGUAAUGGACAUUGCUGCCUUAACCGCCUGGUUGCUUGUGUAAUGGACACGACUGCCUUGACCGCCUGGAUUCUUGUGUCCGGCACCCCAAAA